AUGGAAGGUGUAGAGUCGGCAGCCCAGGUUACUGCCCAGCCUCAGGAUGAAGAGCAGCCUGCUGAGUCCCCAGAGCUUCUGCCGCCGCCUCCCGCUCCGCCGCCUGCACCACCGCCGCCAGCUUCUCCACCGUUCCCCGAGCCUUCUCCAGAACCAGUCCCAGAGCCUGCACUGGGACCAUGUCCAGAUACGACUCCAGAACCAGCUACAGAAGCAGACUCAAAAACAACCCCAGAGCCGGACCCCAAGCCGGACCCAGAACCAGACUCAGAGCCGGUCUCAGAGCCGGACCCAGAACUUGUCUCAGCGCUGGCCCAGGAGCCAGUCCCAGAAGAUGCCCCAGAGCCGGCCCCCGAGUCGGCCCCAGACUCUGUCACAGAUCCAACCGUAGAGUUGGCCUUAGAACCGACUAGACAGCCCACCCCACCAGAUCUUGACAUAGGGCUGGCCCUAGAGCUAGUCCCAGAACCUGAUACGGAGAGGGCCCCAGAGUCAUGGCUGGAGCCAACUCCAGAGUUCUAUCCAAUGAUGAGUCCGGCAUUACAGCUGUUGCAGUUGGUCCCUGGAGAGAAAGGUCGAAAGUCACCUCCGUUGCCCAGAUCACCAAUAACGUGGUCCAGAAUAAAGAAAAUACUAAAGGAAGGCCCCCUGCUAAAGAACUGUAACUCUUUCAAGAGAUGGAAGCUUAGAUAUUGUCUGAUUCAAGGACAGAAGCUCCACUUUGCACACCAUCCUUCGUUUGCACACUUUGAAACAAUUGAUCUGUCUCAAGUCGCGUUGGCAGAAAGUAGCUGUCGAAAUCUUUGCCACGGUUUUUGUGUUAUCACACCACAGCGGAAAGUCUCUCUUGCUGCACCCAAUCGGAAAGACAUGGAAGAAUGGAUUAACAUCAUAAAAACUGUUCAACAGGGAGAGAUCCAUAAGAUACCUGCAGCUGAAAACAACCCUUUCCUUGUUGGCAUGCACUGCUGGUAUUCCAGCCAUAGUCCUCGGAGUCAGUUCUGCAACGUUUGUCGACGGAGCAUUCCUGCCUUAUCGCGUGAUGCCAUCAUCUGUGAAGUUUGCAAUGUGAAAUCUCACAAGUUUUGUGCCUUGAGAGCAAGUAAAGACUGCAAGUGGAAUACUUUGUCCGUAACUGAUGACCUCCUUCUACCUGCUGAUGAAAUACAAACAAUGCCUCAUCAGUGGGUAGAAGGAAACAUACCUGCCAACUCUCAGUGUGCAGUAUGUCAUGAGAGCUGUGGUAGUCAUCAAAGACUUCAAGAUUUCCGCUGUCUCUGGUGUGACUCUACGGUGCACAGUUCAUGCCAGAGGUGGUUUUCCAAGGAAUGUUCCUUUGGAAGUCUUCGCUCAGCAAUCGUUCCGCCGACUGCUUUGAGCGAUCCGAUGGGUGACGGCCAAUUAGUUGUAUCAUCUGACUUCUGGAAUCUUGAUUGGCCAUUGACAUGUUCCUGUCCCUUGCUCAUCUUCAUCAACUCUAAGAGUGGAGAUCAUCAAGGGAUCAUCUUUCUCCGAAAAUUCAAACAAUAUCUGAAUCCAUCUCAAGUAUUUGACCUGUCGAAGGGUGGACCUGAAGCAGGCAUUGCUAUGUUCAAGAACUUUGCUCGUUUUCGUGUUCUGGUUUGUGGUGGAGAUGGCAGUGUAAGCUGGGUCUUGUCUACGAUUGAUGCCUUUGAAUUGCACGAUAGGUGUCAGCUGGCAGUCAUCCCACUUGGAACUGGUAAUGAUCUGGCACGUGUCCUUGGCUGGGGAGCAUUCUGGAACAAAAACAAAUCACUACUGGAUAUUCUCAACAGAGUAGAUCAGGCUCACGUGAGGAUUUUAGACAGAUGGAGUGUGAUGAUCCGUGAGACCCCCAGACAAGCACCACUGCUAAAAGGACAGGUGGAGAUGGAUAUACCAAGAUUUGAGGCUGCUGCCAUCCAGCACUUAGAGUCUGCGACCACUGAGUUGAACAAAAUCCUGAAGGCCGAAUAUCCCACUGAAAUGAUCAUCGCCACUAGAUUCCUAUGCUCAGCAGUGGAAGAUUUUGUGGCUGAUAUCGUAAAGGCCUGGAAGCAAAUAAAACAGAACAACACAACAGUGGAGUCUGUGAUUUUGAAAAGUGACUUAAUGUAUGAUAAACUCAGUGUUGUUAUUGAUGUCCUGGCUGAGGAUGAAGCAUCUACUUCUGCUGUGAAAGGAGCCACAGCAUAUGCAGACAAUGGCAAAGCAGAUAGAAAGCCUUUCAUCCCUCAAAUAGACCACAUAGCAAAGUCCAAAUUGGAGUUGACCGCAAGAGCUCUGAACCUCCAGCAAUCCUUGAAACUCAUCAUAUUCCAGGUUGAACAAGUCCUGGAUGAAGAAACCAGACAAACCUUAUCAGUUAAGAACUUCCCAUCGACUUUCUUCUUGGGAGAAGAUGGCUCAGAGGACUUUAAUCAGAUGCACCCGAGACACCGUUCUCAGUGUGGCACCUUAUCUUCUAUAUCUUCUCUCAAAAGUGAAGACCUGGAUAACCUUGAUCUAGACCACUUACAUGUUACACCUGAAACGAUACGAUUCAAAGAAAAGUGUGUAAUGAACAACUACUUUGGAAUUGGACUAGAUGCAAAAAUUUCUUUGGAGUUCAAUACCAGAAGAGACGAACAUCCAGAACAAUACAAUAGCCGACUUAAGAACAAAAUAUGGUAUGGUCUUCUGGGAAGCAAGGAACUGCUGCAACGUUCUUACAGGAAACUGGAAGAGCGCAUACACCUGGAGUGUGAUGGAGAACUCAUUUCCUUGCCCAACCUUCAAGGCAUUGCAGUGCUCAACAUUACCAGCUAUGCUGGAGGUGUUAACUUCUGGGGAGGCAACACAGCGACCUCAGAAUAUGAGGCCCCUGCAAUAGAUGAUGGGAAGCUAGAGGUAGUGGCAAUCUUUGGUUCUGUGCAGAUGGCUAUGUCUCGUAUCAUCAACCUGCAUCAUCAUCGAAUUGCCCAGUGUCAUGAAGUAAUGAUAACUAUUACUGGUGAAGAAGGUAUCCCUGUGCAGGUGGAUGGGGAAGCCUGGAUUCAGAAACCAGGACUUAUCAAGAUUAAAUACAAGAAUGCUGCCCAGAUGUUGAUGAGAGAUCGGGACUUUGAGAACUCAAUGAAAACGUGGGAAUGUAAGCAUACUGAAAUCCAAGCUGUCCCACCACCCCAGCUGGAUUCUCUAGAAACUCAAGAUAGCCUCUCUGAUAGAGAGUAUGCCCAGAUGCAGCACUUGGCUCGGCUUGCAGAAAACCUCAUUAGCAGACUUAAUGACCUAAGUAAGGUCCACCAGCAUGUGUCUGUCCUCAUGGAUUCUGUGAACGCCAGUGCUAACAUACUGAAUGAUGUGUUCUAUAGCCAAGACAGUGGCAAUGAAGCAGGUGCAGCUUUCUGUACUCCCGUUGAGACUCUAACCAGAACUGAUGCAGUAGAUGUUACAUUUAGUCUUAAAGGGCUCUACGGUGACACCAAAGCUUUCCUGGAUGAAAACUUGUUGAGAGAUGCUGAAGAUGAGGCUGUACUACAAGAUGCCCUGGAUGCCAUGAAUACGCAGUUGAAAAAGAUACUGGAAAUUGACUGGUUGAAUCAAAUCCUUCUUCCAGAGGAACACUCUUCUGAUACUCACAGCCUAAGCCACAGGUUUAAAAUUAAAUUUCCCAAGUUAGGGAAGAAGAAACGAGAAGAGGGAAGAAAGCCUAAAUCCAGCCAAAAAUUCCCUGGUUUUCUUGGCAAGUUCUGGCGUCGCAGACAUCGGGGCAAUGAAUCAAAAGCUGAUGACCCUCCAACACCUUCAAGUUCUCAACAGUAGUCCUUAAAAGCUGGAAGGAGAACUCAACACAGAAUUCUACUAAGAACUCUCAAAACCUCAAUAAAGGCUGAACUAAAUUAUUUGAGAACAAACAUGAGCACCACCAAGAAAGACCCUCCAAAUCCUUAUACUAAUAUAUUUUCCCUAGACUUAAUCAGAUCUCCUUAGAGGGUUACAUUUUUCUUGUUGGCCAAAGAUUCUUGUUCCGAGUUGUCUUGUUCAGUUCUCCUUCUCUUUCUGUACCUUGGGCAACUAUAGUGUUUCUUGGGGACAAACUCCUUAUGAAUGGCCUGGGAUCUAUAAGAAUUUAUAGGAGUUCAUCUCUUUAGGAUGUAUUACAAUGAAUUUCUUUCAUUUGCAGAGAAACUGUAGACAUCAAGGAAUAAAUGAGUGAAUGACUCUAAGAAAGAUGAUAGGGGUCAGGGCAUUCAGGCUUGGUUGUGUUUCUCCUCCAAUCCCUGCCAACUCUAAAUUGAAAUUUUGAAAGAUGACUCCUAGUUGCCUCAAGAAAAUGAGAACAAGGUCCUGGGGGCUUGUUCACUUGUCUGUCACAAUGACCAUAUGAAUCUUUCCUUGUAGAUAUAAGACUCACCUCUCCUCCACUUUCUCUCUCCUUGCAUUUUCACCUCCCUUCUCUCGUCUCAUUUUCUCUCCUUUCUUCUUCUCUUCCUCCCUAAUCUUCCUCCUCUCUUUUGUUUCCCUUCUCUCUCUCCUUCUCUUCCACUUUCUUCUACUUCUCCCUCUCUCCCCAUAAACUCUGUGUUUUUCCAUGUGUACAUGUAUGUCUUUGCACAUGUCCAGGUGGUGCUCUCAUGGCUAGGUGGGCCCACUGGUUGGAACUCACCCCUCAUGGCAACCAUACAGGCUCCUGUACUUCUGCCUUGAUCCUAGCCUGCACGUCUCCAUGGAGUGCUUGCCUGCAUUCUCGCUGGAUUUUUUAACUAAAUGUUUUGCUGCUGUGUUGCAGUAUAGAUUAUAUAUAGAGACAUAAAGAUGUACAUAUAUAUACAUAUAUAUAUUUUUAAGAACUGAAAAUACAACUCGACCUCUAAGUGACCCUCUAAUUUAUUGUGAUAACCUAGGAAUCCCUCCUCAUCCCUAUUUCACAUAUAUAAAACUCUACCAACUGCCCUAGUUCUUGGUGGAACUUCUAAUCUUUUGGUGCAUUUUUUAGUGUCUUAAAAGUAGCUGGGGUCUACUUAUAGCCCUGCUAAUUCUGACAUCCACUUCAAAUUCUGAGCCAGGCCACAGAAAGGGAACAAAGCCACCAAUGCCCUGCAGAAGGGGCCAAGCUGGCAUGCUGCCAUUUAGCUCUGUUUCUCCUGGCUCUAUAUCAGCAACUGCCUGGGCUUUAUUGCCCUCUUCCCCAGUAAGAAAAGAUGACAAAGAACUCUACCCUUUAAACUUCUAAGUUAGCAUCUACCUGAUAACCAAGCCACAGCCCAUGCUCUUCCCCAUAAACUUAAUCUGGGCUUGCAGUUAUUGGAUAGGCUUUUGGGCCAUUCCUCAAAUUACCUUCAAAUCUCACAUCUUGAUUCCUUUCCCCAUUAUUAGAAGAGGGGCAGUCAGAGUGACCAGAAAGAAUAAGGAUCUGGGAAAACAAAGGCUAAAAGCCUCUGCUUCCCCACUGUUUUGUUUUCAAGUUUUUCAUGAAAGCAUUGUAGGCAUAAAUUACUCCAUUUUUUAAGUGUCCAAUGUCAGUUAGGUAAAUCUAAUGAAAGUCCAGUGCUCAGAGAGAAUGUAUCUGGCCUGCCUCUUGUCUCCACCCUCUAGUCAUAUCUUUUCAAAUGUGUCCCUUCCCACUUACCAAGAAAAAUCCAGAAAACUGCCCUCUUCUCACUGCUCAGCCAAAUUUAGUGUGCUCAAUUAUCUGACUCAGUCCAAUGGCUGGUUCACUGAGGUGCACAAUCCAGACUCCGGUCACUGGUUCUCAACUUUCUAGAACUCCACCAGCCAAACCCACUUAAACCAGCUGCCUGUGUUCCACCUCUUCAAGGGUAAGAAAAAGAGACUAACAAUGGAGUAGUCCCAAAAUGUCUGAUAGCUAUGCCAAACAAAAAUGUCCUAGCUCUAUAACUAGAGAAGAAAUUCAAUGGGAAAUAUGACAGGCAAACAUUUAAAACUUAAAUAUCACAAUGUGCAUGUGUUGACUGUGUAUGUAUUUGAGUGGAGUGUGCUGUUGCAGUGUCUGGUUUUCUCUUCCCAGGAGGAGACAACAGAUCAAACCACCAGGGUCAUUGUUCCUCCUUGGCAGAAGGAACUAACACCUGCAUUGCACACACACACACACACUCACUCACUCACAUAGUCGGGAACCAUGUUAAAUUUUCUCUGAAGAGUCUUCUCCAAAAUGGAUCAUUUACAAAUAAGCAAAUUUAAGGAAACAGAUGGAAAAUAUAGGAAACUGUAGCCUUAUCUUGGUAGUGACUAAGCAGGGCUAUGUCUUGUAAUUAUUUUCAUCACAAAUGAUUGUCAACUGUAAUAGGACCUCAUAUCUGCUUAUUUUGCUGAUGUACUAUAGGUCUUUGUAUACUGUAAUGCUGCUGUUGCUCUGUUGUACCAUCUGAAUUCCCACUCAUUUUCCCCGUCCUCCCACCUGAGUCAUAAUGAUCCUGAAUGACACCCAUAGGGUGGGAACUAGAACCAAAUGUGGACCAAAACUGAUAAGCAAAAAAGCAAACAUGGCUUAUUGAAAUGGUCCAGAUAUCAACUAAAUUGUCUAGUUAUCAAUUGUUUCCUGAAAAGGGAAGAUGGAAUGCUAAGAACUGGUUCGCACAUCUACAAAGCAAGAAAGGAUCUCUCUCUUUGUCUCUUUCCCUCCCUCCCUUCCUCCUUCCCUCCCUCCUUUCCUCCCUCCCUCUGGAGUUGCCUUAGGCCCUGAGAACGUGGGCUCCUUUCAGGAUUUCAUUGUUAACUAUUUGAAGUCAUACAGUUGCUCAGGUGGUGGGACAAGACACCAAAUAUUCACCACAGUUAUGUACAGAAAUCAUUAAGAAUCAAAGCUCUGGGGUUUGGUUGUGUCUUUGGCAAUAUUGUCUGCAGAACUGAUUGAGUGGCUAAUUAAUUAGCCAGAAAAAGAGUAGGGAAGGAAAAAAUCUAAUAGAAUUAAGCUGCCACUUGUGGCAUCAAUACUAUAGGAGGUCAACAAGCAUCCAUUAAGGCCCUUUAUUACACCAAAAAGGGAAAGGGAAAACUUAAGAGAAUAUUUUCAAUGUAAUAAAAGUUGACCAGAAGAAACAAAUUGAGGUCCACACCAUCUUCCCUCAGGACACAGUAGAAUUUUAGUUGUAUAACAGAUGGAAACUAUUACCAAAGAAAUCAGACCCCAUUCACACCUUUCCAUUGGAUAAGGGACAUUGAUUAGCUUUAUGGUUUAUGGAGUUGCAUUUGUCUGCUAUUCUGUAAUGCAUUGUAGUUUUAUAUUCUGUGUUCUGCCUUUUCUCAGUGGCCCUGCAAAUAAGUAGCAGGGCCAGGGCCUGGUCAGGGGAGGAAGCUGGAAUAGUCAUGGAAUAACAGAAAAAAACACAGAAGGAAAAGAUCCACAAAGUGUGCCUAUUCCUUUUAGACCUCCUCACAAAAUGGAAUACCAGUUCUCAAAAUUAACACAGUAAUUGCUUCUUAAAAUAUUUUAAUAAAUGGAUAAA